ACAUGCGCUCCAAACGAAAAUAACAUUCAAAAUAACCUUACAAAAAUGUUUCUAAACGUUUUAAACUUGUGUAAACAUGAUGCUGUAAAUUAUUAAUUGGUUUUUAUUAUAUUAAGCACCACUGUCUGUGCAAGAAACAAUGAUGAUUGGUCCAAUUAGAACAUAUACCAAAUUAGCCGCAAGGAAAAUAAAAAAAAUUCGGCCACCAUCAAUGAUAAAGAAGCCAAGAAAAUCUCAACUUGAGCCAAAGCCUAUCGUUCAGUAUCCUGUAAGUGGACCAGACGAUCGCCGGCUCUACUCAUGGGGAUUAGCAAACCAUGGAGCUUUAGGAACUAUCGGACGUACUACCAAGUAUGAAGAUUAUAAUUUUAUUACUAAGCCAAGACGAUUAUAUUUUGGAGAACACCAUCAUGUCAGAGAUAUUGCUUGUGGAUAUGGAUUUACACUAGUUGGUGUUCACUCCAAAGAUACCGAUAUUGUUUAUGGUUGUGGAAUUAAUACAGAUUCUCAAUUAGGCUAUGAUGAUAAUGACAAAAUAUUCAACCAAAUUAAAGAUGAAAUUAUUCCCAUUUUGCGGUCAAUUCCUUUACCGAUUAAAAGUAAUUCAACAAAAGUACUUGGUUUAGCUGCUGGAAGAGCACAUUCUAUCAUUCUUACUAGUGAAGGAGUUUUUACGUUAGGAAAUAAUGGGUAUGGACAAUGUGGUCGAGUGAUAAUUGGCAAUGAAAAUUAUUAUCGUAGCAGAGUAGUUAAUCACAUCAAAGAUAUCAAAGGUGCUAAAAUAACCGCUGUGGCUGCUGGACAAGAUCAUAGUAUUUUUUUAACUGAAAAUGGCCAAGUGUACACUUGUGGUUGGGGGGCAGAUGGUCAAACUGGACAAGGUCACUAUGAAAAUCGAUGGAAACCAGAUUUAGUUAUAGGAGAUUUGGCUGAAGACAAAAUUAGUAAAAUUACUUGUACUGGUGAUUGUGUUCUUGCUCUUAGUGAAAGUGGAAAAAUCUAUGGAUGGGGAAAUUCAGAAUAUGGCCAAUUACCAAAUCGUGGAGACGAUAAUUUUCAAAUAAAUACUGCAAUUGAACUCUCAGAUUGUGCUAAACUUGGAAAGAUAAUAGAUAUUGCUGCUGGUGGUAGCUUUUGCAUGUUAUUAACAGAGUCUGGUGAUGUUUAUACUUGGGGCCAUGGUAUUCUUGGCUUUGGACCACAAGUAACGCGAGUAUCAACACCAACUUUAAUUCCUAAUACAUUAUUUGGUCGGAAUCCUUAUCAAACAGAUAUUAAAAUUACCAAAAUAUUUUGUGGAAUGAACCAUAUGGCUGCUAUCACCAAUCACGGUGAUCUCUACACUUGGGGUCGAAAUACAUAUGGAUUCCUUGGAUUAGGUCAUUAUAAAGAUCAAUUCUUUCCUUUCAAAGUUGCAGUCGGAGCAGAAGUAAAAAAGGUUGCUUGUGGUGUUGAUCAUACAUUCGCAAUUUGCAAGCCUUAUAUUUAGUUGUAUCAUUUGUUAAUAGAUGAAAUAUAUAUUUUUUAUUAAAUUAA